UUGGCUAUUAGGUUGUCAUCAGAGAGGAAGCGUGUAGAGCAGUCAGUGUUACAGACUGAAGGAGAACAACAUAAUGUGUGAUUAGUGUGCUGCAGCAUGUACGUAUGCUAUUACACCUACCCAGGAGGAUCGCACCACAGCCCCGCCACUGUCGCCCCAGCCCUUACCGCUGCACCGCAGGCCGCCACUAUCCCUGUCACUGAACCACUGCUUGUGCCCGCCACCCAGACAGCUCUACCCCCCCAGACAGGAAUCCCUACCCUCACCACUCAGUUCCCCAUCACAGUCUGCAGAAAGAGAACAUCUGACGACCUGAUGUCACAGUCACCCAUGGUAACCAAUGGGACGAGCCCCCCUCACCUAUCAGGCUCCGACAAUGACGCAAAAAAGGUAAAACUGGAACAGAAUUCGGCCAAUGGUCCGUCCCGAGUCGUCCACAUUCGGAGUUUACCUCCGGACUGUACAGAGGCUGACGUCGUCCAGCUGGGAAUGCCGUACGGAAAAAUGUCCAACGUCUUACUGCUCAAACAGAAAAAUCAGGCUUUCCUGGAGUUUUUAGACGAGCAGGCUGCCGUGACAAUGGUCAGCUUUCAUCAACAGAACCCUGCUCAGAUCCGAAUGAAACCUGUCUAUGUGCAAUUCUCUAAUCAUAAGGAGCUCAAAACAGAUCAAGCUCAUUCAUUUCAAAAUGCGACAGCCCAGGCAGCUCUCCAGGCGGCGUCCGCGGUGAUGGGGGGCCCAGCAGAGGAGGGACAGAAACGCACUACGCUCAGAAUCAUUGUAGAACACCUUGUUUACCCGGUGGGGAUAGAGGUCUUAUACCAGAUCUUCUCAAAGUUUGGCAAGGUUUUAAAGAUGAUCAUUUUCACCAAAAACAAUUCAUUCCAAGCACUGAUUCAGAUGUCAGAUCCUGUGGCAGCAAACGCAGCAAAACUGUCUCUGGACGGACAGAACAUUUACAAUGGCUGCUGUACUUUACGGAUUGACUACUCCAAACUUAACAAUCUCAACGUCAAAUACAACAAUGACAAAAGUCGAGACUUCACGAAUCCGAACCUUCCGAGUGGGGACCCAGGGUUAGAUCAGGCCAUGCCGUUCGGAGGUUCAGGAAGCCUGGUGACGUCGGUGGUUCCGGGGAUGGGAGCGGCCCCACUAACGGCGUACGGCGCCACCGCCAAUAUGGUGGGCGGGACACCUGUAUAUGCUCAAGUACCCCAGAUGUCUAACUACGGUGUGCCGAGUGCUAUGGGCGCCGCGCGGUUGAUGACCUUGAAUGCUGCGGCAGCAGGAAAUGCGGUGCUACUAGUCUCCAAUCUGGAUGAACAGAAGGUUACGCCCGACGCUCUCUUUACCCUUUUUGGGGUGUAUGGUGAUGUGCACAGAGUAAAAAUUCUGUUCAACAAGAAAGACAACGCCUUGGUGCAAAUGGCUGAACCCCAUCAGGCACAGCUAGCGAUUGCUCACUUAGAUAAGGUGAAGGUUUGGGGUAAGAGUAUUCGUGUGACGCAGUCCAAACACACACUGGUUCAGAUGCCUAAGGAGGGACAACCAGAUGCAGGUCUAACAAAGGACUUCACCAAUUCACCUCUCCAUCGCUUUAAGCGACCGGGAUCCAAAAACUGUCAGAACAUCUUCCCUCCUUCAGCAGUGCUGCAUUUAUCCAACAUUCCACCCAACAUAGAGGAAGAUUUCAUCACAGAUGCCUUCUCACAGCACGGCCAAGUCAAGGCAUUUAAAUUUUUCCCGAAAGACAGAAAAAUGGCACUGAUCCAGAUGGCCUCAGUUGAUGAAGCCAUCACAGCCCUCAUAGCUAUGCACAACUACCCCCUGAGUGACACGAACCACCUUCGAGUCUCAUUUUCCAAGUCCACCAUUUAGUUUGUGAAGAGUGCAGCAAUUCAUGACAUUAUUAAACAUUGUUAAGAAUGGCCUCCCCUUAUAGGGGGCUCUGGUGGUAUAUGUGAAGUGCCUUUAAGUGGUAAUGGCAUUGGAGUUUUUACAGAUGCCAUGUUGAAUGUGCAAUGAUCUCACAUUUACCAUAUUCGUCCAGUGUGGUAUAAGGUGGUCACUGGGACUGGGGAUCAGUCUAACUGACCAUUCUGUAUACCACACUGGACCCCCAGGGGUCGAAUUUUGUUCAGUUUCAAUUUUUAAUAGUUGAUUUAUUUUUUAUUGUUGAAAUUGUUGGUCAACUGUUUGAUAUGUUUAUGACCAGGCACUUCAGUAUUUUUCAAUGUCCCACACAAGAAAUCCAUUUAUAUAUAUAUGAAAGCCUGGUCUUCAUUGGUGCUGAUUUCAGCAUUCAUAUCAACUCUAUCAUCAGCUUUAACCUACCAAAGGACAGACUGAUGUGUCCAAACAUUCAGGGGAACCGAAUCAUUCAAUUUACUGUCAGUUACCAUAGCAAUACAACAUGGCGGGGGGUAAACUGCUGUCACUGACACAAACAGGAUCUGAGGGAUAUAUGGGAACAAAGUCAUUUUUUUGUACUAUGUUGAUGUUUUGUAGCUUUUUUAUCAAGAAGGAGAUGUUUUUAUUUAUUUUACUGCUGGUUUCUGAUUUUUUUGAGAGCCACAGUUCCGAGAUGUUACAGAUCAACUGUUAAGAUAUUACGACAUUUUUGUAAUAAAACGAAUCAAAAUUA